GUCCCCGCUGGGCUGUCGCCCCUGUUGGGCUGCCACAAUGGAACUCAGCGCCGAGUAUCUCCGGGAGAAGCUGCAGCGGGACCUGGAGGCGGAACACGUGGAAGUGGAGGACACGACUCCCAACCGUUGCACAUCCAGCUUCCGAGUCCUAGUGGUGUCGGCCAAGUUUGAGGGAAAGCCGCUGCUUCAGAGACACCGGCUUGUGAACAGUUGCCUAGCAGAAGAGCUCCUGCACAUCCAUGUGCCUGCACACCGCAACGAGUAG